AAUGAAUGAAGUGAGAGAAGGAAAUAUGUUAUCAUUUGUGGCGAGCACGUUGUGUUGUGAAGUUAGUGAGAAUAAUUAUUCCAUAAUGCCCAGGGUAGUACCUGAUCAGAGGGCAAAAUUUGAAAAUGAUGAACUAUUUCGGAAACUUAGUCGCGAGUGUGAGGUGCGAUACACAGGAUUUAGAGAUCGACCCCACGAGGAGAGGCAAUUACGGUUUCAAACCGAAUGCCGAGAAGGACACGCCGAUAUAGCUUUCAUUGCAACAGGUACCAAUUUACAGUUAAGCUUUGCCUCCAACGCUUGGUCGGAUAAACCAGAAGACAGAGUACCUACAAGGGACUUUGUGGAUUUUGAACGAGAACCUGGAAAGGUGCAUCUUAAGUCUCAGUUUAUAAUGAAUGGUGUCUGUGUUUUGUGGAGGGGAUGGAUUGAAUUAAACAGAUUAGAUGGUAUAGGGUCAUUAGAAUAUGAUGCUGAAAGAGCAGAGGUGGAACAAACCUUAUUAAGAGAACAAAUUGAACAAUAUAACAGACGGUUGCGAGAGUUUGAAGAAAGGCAGCGUCAAUAUCGUCAAGAUCAGGAAAGGCAAGCGGAAUCAGAAGCCGAGGUAGUAGAAGCUUUGUUGUGUAUUUCUGAAACCCAAACACCCAUCACCACACAAAGUUCUUGAAACUAGCUCAACAACACUCUUGUUGUGGAGCACUUGUAAUAACUCUUUGAAAUUGGCCAUUUGCUUCAUUAGGCUGUGUACUUUUGAAGACAUAAUGCCAUAUAAGAGCACUCAUGACCUCCCAAUUGAACACUUAUAUACAAAUGUUCUCAAGUUUUGCUUAUCCAAACACUAAACUUACCAUCAAAUCAAUACAGAAUGAGCUCUGAGAAACACUUGAAUUGUUCAGAAAGCG